GGGCAAUUUUGGCAUUUGAUAGCUCCUUAAUUAAUUUCUCUCUCUUGGUUUUCUACUUUGACCAGGCUGUUGACUCUGAAUGAGAAGGAAAUCGCGGUUGUCAGUCAUAGUGGAUUCUUAUUUGAAUCGAUGCGUGAAUUUGGAAACGAUUGCGAUGUAUUUAUACAGAGUGAAAUCCGCGAACAUUUUGCCAACGCUGAGCUUCGUUCCAUUAUUCUUAUCGAUAGGAGUAGGAUCGGGUCAGACUCCUCGAAUAAUUUCCCGGGAGGAAUACCGCGAGGGCUCGAUCUUCCUGUCGACAUUGCAAUUAAGAAGAAUCCGGAAUUUCAGAAACGCCUGAAAUGUUAUCCUAAGAAGUAGUUAAGUGGGAUCAAUAAAAAUUUCUAAUUACCUUCUUAUUCCUUUCUUUGAGAGCUUUGUUGAAUUCUAAGAAAUUUUGUUCACAAAGUUAUUAUCUUUUGGGAUUGUUGAGACUUUAGAUUUAGAGUAAAUGUGUCCAGCUGUGUCUUUCAGGGAGUACAUGUAUUUGCGUGUAUUUUAUGUGUCAGUUCAUUGCAGGCCAUCUUUUCUAUUCGAGUACAUGUAUUUGCCUGUAUCUUAUGUGCCAGUUUCAUUACAGGCGACCUUUUCUAUUCCGUUUAAUAAAAUUAAGAACAUUUUCUAUUUCA